AUGGAUCCAUUCGCUGCCCUCGGCGUCGCCGCGGCGGUCAUUCAGUUCAUCGAUUUUGGGAGCAAAGUCGGGAAACGGAUGCUUCUGAUGUACGACAAAAGCAGCAUCGACCCGCAUGAAUACUUUGAGCGCACGACCGCCGACCUAGACGAUUACCUGAACCUUUUGGAGGAACGCCAGUCUCUAUGGCCGUCGCCGGACGCCGAGCUAAAGAGCGGCAACGAAGAAGCGAUUGAGCAGCUGAUCAUUGACUGCCGCAGCGUCGCCCAGUCGCUGAGGGACACCUUUCGAAAGAUUACUCAUGUAUCGCUCAAAACCAACAGAGUCGCUGCAACAGCCACCAGGGGAGCCAUCAUACCCGUGCUUCUCCAGUCCUUCAAGGCAGUAUGGAAGGAAUCGGAGAUCGAGGCUAUGGCCAGCCUUUUGGAGACGUACCGCAGCCAACUCAUUCUGCGGACGCUUCUCUCUCUGGACAUCAAAGCGGAUGCGGCCCUGGCCCAGCAAGGGGGCAUAGACAAGAACCUAUCUGAUAUCAUCGAAGUACUUGCGGUCUUACAAGAGCGGCAAAAGACGUCGACGGCGGCCCAGACCCAGAGGCUAGUGGACCGCUUGGAUGAAAGUGAUCAUCUUGCGAGGCGCUACCAUGAGGAGACAAUCACGGCUAUCCUCAAGUUCAAGGAUGGAAAUACUCAGGUUCUCGAGCCCAGAAAUGGACAAGGCAUCGCGGCCCUAGUUGCGCAGGAAUCGACAAGGCAGAGACUGGUGAAGCUGAAUGCCGCGCCAAUGUCCUCCCUCGCCAAAGCUUCCGUGGACGAUCUCGGGCCCCUAGAGGGGCUCGUCCUGAACAGCCUUUACUUUCGACAAAUCACUGAUAGGAUGGAGACUGUGAAGUCGCCUCACGGGAAGACCUAUGAGUGGGUGUUCUGCGAUCCCUUGGUCACAGGGAAGCCCUGGGAUGACUUCACCAAAUGGCUCUCUCAUGGUUCCGGCUGCUAUUGGAUCUGUGGCAAGGCCGGGGCCGGCAAGUCGACUUUGAUGAAGUAUAUCUUCCAGGAUCCGCGAACCAGCUCUGCUCUUAGAGAAUGGGCGCAGGGGAACCACUUGGUGCAGACGGCGUUCUUCUUCUGGGGCCUUGGGAAUGCUGUACAAAAGUCGCAGGAAGGACUUCUUCGGUCGCUGCUGUACGACAUUCUGAGGAGAGAGCCUCAACUCAUAUGGGUGGUAAUGACGGAGCUGUUGCCAAUUGCGACUAAUUUGGGACCUGGAGAGAAGCUUGCAGAGCCAUCGAUGGUGGAACUCAUGAGGUGGUUCAAGAGGUUACUACAGCCGAGCCAUGGACGACGGUAUUUCUUCUUGAUCGACGGGCUCGACGAGUACGAUGGGGAUACAUCCACCCUUGUCGACCUUAUCUCCUCUCUUUCACAUCAAGAGAACGUCAAGUUUGUUCUCUCUAGCCGGCCGAUCCCAGUAUGCGUUGAGAACUUCUCGUCACUUCCCAAACUGCACCUUCACGACCUGACACGGGACGACAUCAGACGUUAUGCCGAGGACUGGCUGAGCGACAGGGUGCGCCGAAAAGGCAACGAUGCAAGUGUGUUGGUUGAGAAGAUUGUGGAAAAGUCUUUCGGAGUCUUUAUAUGGGUCGAGCUGAGCGUCAAAUCUCUUCUACGGGGCCUGGAGAAUCGAGACAACAUGGCGGAGCUCGAAAGGCGACUGGAGGAGCUACCAUCUGAUCUCGCCGCUCUAUACGCACAUAUGUUGACGGGAAUGUCUCCCAUGUACCGGAGGCAGGCGGCCCAGAUCUUCCGCACUACUCUGCAAGCCAUGCAGACCACGACUUGCCCUCUCCUGACGUUGCAAAUGUCCUUUGCAGAGGAAGACCCGACGCACCUGCUCUCGGCUCCAGUAGAGCCCAUGUCUAAAGAGGAGGAGCUAUCGAGAUGUGAUGCGAUAGAUGGCCGCAUACGAAGCCGCUGCUGCGGCCUGAUCGAGACGCGGCGGCCGACUCCAUCGGAGACCAAGCUCUGUGCUCCGCUACGGUUCGACUUCCCGUGCGUCGACUUUCUGCACAGGACCGUGGUGGAGUUUCUCGCCGACUCCGAAGUGUCACGGGACGUUCUUGCACUCAGCGGGCCGUCGUUCGACUCGCUUGCCACACUGUUCCAUACGGCCAGCCAUAUGUGCAAACUCCUUCCUCGGCUCAAGUCAGUCGAUGGGGAUACGAGCCUGGUGUGGCACCUGAUGAGGGAUUCUCUGACUUAUGCUGGUCUGGCGGAAGAGGCCCAGUCUCCGGUGCCAGCUGUGUAUCUGAGGAAUCUCGACAACACGAUGGCUGUGCAUUGGCACACGGCAAAGAAGAUGACCAACAACCACAUGUCUCGCAAGGCGGUCGAUCACUGGGCUGCAUCACUGCCCCUCUUGAGAAGCCAUGGAAACACAGAGACCAAGAUCCUGGCGCUCUUCCUGAGCCCGUGGGACUUUACCAGCCUCGCAAUAGCUUUCAACUUGUCUUCCUUCCUUAUAGACGAGGUAAACACUCCCUCGACUCCGCUGGCAAAGAGCACUGAUGCAAAAUCGAGAGCGCUCUACAACGCCACAAAGUACCUGAUACAAUGGUCCUGGCCAAAAAGCGAGAGCCACCGCCUCCGAGAGCUCAGCACCCUGUCCAUAUGCGAGCACCUGCUCAAGAACGGCGCCGACCCAAACGCCGUGUACGAGGCUCCGGGGAGCGGCAGCGGCAGCGACGGCUACUCCGCCUGGUCCAUGCUGGUCCGGGCCGUCGUCGCCCAUAAGAAGGACUCGGCCAUCUUCCGCCGGGACUUUGAGCAGAACGGCUUCACGCGGACCCUGGCCAAGCUCGUGGCCUCCUUCGUCGUGUACGGAGCCGACGUCAACGCCCGCGUCUGGUGGCGCGAGAAGCGCUACCGCAACGACGACGCGCCCGUCGUCUUCCACAAGUCGCCCCUGCCGCUGCUGGACGGGGUCUUUGCCGCGCCCAGCAGGCCCGACUUCUCUGCGAGCCUGCUCAGCCAGCUGGGCCCGGAAGAGGAGGGACUCGAUGGGGCGUCGCAGGACGGCGACAAUGGUCUGCUGGAGAAGUUCCACCAGGGGCUGGUGCAGCUACUCCUGGAUAGGGGCGCGGUAGCGCAGGAGUGGCGGAGCGGGCAGUUGGUUGGCGGACAGACGGAGAAGGGGAGGAAAAGUGAUGCGGGAAGUCCUUCUACUUCUGACAAACUCGGCGCCUUGGGUGUAUCCGAUGGAAAGACACGUGUGAGAUUUCGGCAUAAGUUGAAGACAAUAUUUGGGAAGGACAUAUAG